CUUUCUUCCAAUCUUUCUGUGCUCGCUAGACAACCACGUUGCCAACUUGCCAGAACACACCUGGAUUCUUUUUUUCUUCAGAACUCCAGAAGCAACAAAUCCUAGGACGAGUAAGCUUAAAAAUCCAACCUCAGAGCUGAGUGCACGUUAUCCAUUUUCGAAAUCAAAGUCCCAACUCUAGUCAUCAAUGGCUGAAUCAACGAAGAGAUAUGCAGUUGUUACAGGGGCGAAUAAGGGGAUUGGGUUUGAAAUAGUUAGACAGUUGGCUUCAAACGGGAUCGUAGUGGUGUUAACAGCAAGAGAUGAGAAGAGGGGUCUUGAAGCUCUGCAGAAACUGCAAUACUCAGGUCUCUCAGAUCAAGUGGUUUUCCAUCAGCUUGAUGUGUCUGACCCUGCUAGCAUUACUUCUAUCGCAGAUUUCAUCAAAACCCAGUUCGGGAAACUUGAUAUCUUGGUGAACAACGCAGGGAUUGGUGGAGUGAAACUAGAUGCUGAUGUUGGGUACUCGGUGAUAGUAACAACGGAGAUUGACUUCUUGGUGCUACUGCAGGCAGGAGCCGGAUAUGAUCGGAGUAAACUGAUUCAGAAUUCUGAGUUAGCAGAAGAAUGCUUGCAAACAAACUACUAUGGUGCUAGAAGAAUGGCUGAGACACUCAUUUCUGUCCUGCAAUUGUCCAGUUCACCAAGGAUUGUUAACAUUUCAUCGUCCUUGGGGAAGUUAGAGAGCAUUCAAAAUAAAUGGGCUGAAGGAAUUUUACGUGAUGCUGAAAACCUUACUGAAGAAAAAGUGGAUGAGGUGUUGAAGGUGUUUCUAAAAGAUUUUAAAGAAGGUUCACUGACAGCAAAAGGGUGGCCAACUUUUCUAUCUGCCUAUUCAGUUUCAAAAGCAGCCAUGAAUGCCUACACAAGAAUCCUGGCCAAAAAGUAUCCAAGUUUCUGCAUCAACUGUGUCUGCCCUGGCUCUGUCAAGACAGAUAUAAAUGGAAACACUGGCAUAUUAUCGACUGAAGAGGGUGCUUCAAGUCCUGUGAUGUUAGCCCUGAUGCGCAAUGGCAGUCCUUCCGGCCUCUUUUUUGUUCAGAAGGAAUUGUCUUCCUUCUGAGCAUUACAAUAAAAUACAUAUAGCCUGUGUAAGAUAGUAAAUUUAAAGAAGUGGAAAGGCUAAUCUCUGUACUUUCAAUUUGAAUAUCUGUUAUAUUUAUGAAUAAUUCUGUAUAUAAUCAUUUUUGUAUACUCUCUGCACAUUCCGCUGUUGUGAUUGAAUACAUCAAUUUUUUUUAA